GUUUAAUGAAAGUUUUGGAGCCACUGACGUGAAUCAGACACAGACGAUAAAAAAAUCAUUAAACAAAAAUGGCGGCAGUAAACCGCACCGUCUGACUGACUAUUCCUUCUCUGCUGUGCUGUUUUCCAGCGUGUUAUUGUUACCAACCUUUUUGUCUGAAAAGAAUAUUUAGUAGAUUUUGGCCUAGUGCUAUGUGUUUCUGUGCAUUGAUAUUACAAGAAAGCUGAAUUAAUCUCGUGUAAACAAACACUCGACAUGGAUCAAGACGAUGAAAUCAAAUCUGGUUAUUUGUUAUUCCCUGCCGGGGGAAAUAUGUUCAACAAAUUUCCCAAAAAGAAAAACUGGCAACAGAAAUAUUGCAUCUUGUUCAAUGCAAGCAAACAGGGAAUUGAACGGCUAGAAAUUUAUGACAAUAAAGACGAGGUUAACACUGGUGCCAUCCCCAAGAUUAUAACUCUUGAGAAUUGUAUAAAAAUAACACAUUCUAGUCCAAACACUAUUACUAUUCUUACUAAGUCACACACUCAACAAAUCAGUGCACAAUCAGAAACAGAAACCAAGGAGUGGGUGCAUGCUCUGCAAACAGUAGCAUUUAAAGGCAGAGACUCUUGUCCUAUAAGUUGUGAUGAAGAUAAUGAUCUAUAUUGUUCAUCCGGAGAAGGAAUAUUCUCUGUGAAAAUGUGUCCAUCUGAGGCUUCUACUAGGUGUGGAUUUGAGCCAACUAAGUAUCUUCUACUCUUAACUUCUAACACCAUUGAAUUGAGAGACAUAAGUGAUAAUAAAUUAUAUGCUACAUGGCCUUAUAGGUACAUUAGGCGGUAUGGUUACAGGCAAGGUAAAUUUACAUUUGAAGCUGGUCGAAAAUGUGAUACUGGAGAAGGAAUAUUCCACUUGGAACAUCCAAAUCAAUCUGAAAUUUUUAAAUGUCUUUCAUUGAAGAUGAAAACCAUGAAGCAAAUGAUAGGAAGUGAUAAUUUGAAUAGCCCAGAGCAUGCCGAAUUUAACAUCCAGCACAGUGCUAAUUUAUUCCCUGGAUCUAGAACACCACUUAUCGCUGCUAGACCUGAUGACUUGAACUUAAGUUCUUUGUCUUUCAAAACAAGCUCAGUGUCGUCCAGUCAACAAAGUAGCUGCACUGAAAGAGAUACUGCGCCUUUACUGAUGCCUAAACCUGCUUUGAAACCUAAGCCACAAAAACCACCUCGUAAGAUCAUCAAUCUUCCCAAACACAUUACUAAAGAAGUACCCAGUUCCACAGAAGACAGUAGUUUCAGCAGGUAUAGUCAUUUGGACAACUAUGAGCCUAUUGAUCAAGUGAAAAGGGAACCAAGUCCGUCAUCAGUGCCAUAUGAUAAGAUCGAAGUGAGAACUGAAGCCUGGAAAACAUUAGGAAUUGAUGAACCUGAACAUAUUGAACACACUCCUAAUUUAGGAGACAACCCAAAUUGUAUCAAACUUAUAUCCAGGUCUCAGGAUAAUUUGAACACACCUGGUUUGAUUUUGAUACCUAGCCCGGUAGUGGACCCUGAGGAUGAAAAUUAUGAUAGAUUGCAGUAUUUUGGUUCAACAAGUAAAUUAAAUAAAUCAUCGAGAUAUAAGAAAAUGGAAGCGCGCCCCACAACAUUGGCUUUGGGUGAUCCCAAGAGUAAAGACACUUGGAAUGAUUAUGAUGAGGUGGAGAAUGUCAUGCAGACUGCACGGUUGGCUGAUGAUUCACAUUUGGGAUAUGGUAUGAUCAGGAAACCCAACCCUCCAGGCCCUCAAGUACCAACAGCGGCUCAGGUCCAAGCUUUGCAAAAUCAAGUAGGUUUAGAAGAAGUGAAUCAUAACAGUUGCAAUGGUACCGACUAUGCUAUUGUAAGUCGUCCGAAAAGAGUGUGAGAUUACUCAACAAAAUUAAGACUGAAAGUGUGUGCUAUAAGUUACCGAAGAUGGUAUCAGUAUUUUAUUGGCAGUUUUCGAAUUCUUGUUUAGUUUAAGAGACAAUGUUUUAGCCAAGUUGUAAAAAAUAUUCCAAAAUGAGACUGUAUUGCAUUCCUUUUUUUUUACAUUCUACUUAUAAUUGUAAUUAAGAUAAACUACGAAGUGUACAUGAAAUUGUAUAUUUUAUCAACGCACAAGUGUUUUAUGCAUAUAAUGUCAUUAUGAAAAAUGUAUUAUUAGUGAUUAUUGUGCCUUAUAAGUGUAAAGAUUUAAUGAUAUACCAAGAUUGUGCCAAGUUUCAAGAAUCUGUAUCUUAUUUUUAGAAGUGCUUAAGUAUAGCUGUGAAGAUGUGCCUUAAACCUGUGACUGUUACAAUGAUAGAUAUAUUGAACUCGCUCAGUUUUAGGCUGGUUUUGUGAUAUUGUAUAUGAUAAUAAUUAUAUCAAAAAUUAUUAAAUUUCCAGUUUGAUAAAUCCAUGUAAGAAGGUGGUUCUAACUCUAACUAUAUGUUUGUGCAUCUAAGUUUGCAUAAAUAUUUUAUUGCUCAAGUAAAUAUUUUACCACAAUUUCAUGUUAACACAAAGAUGCAAAUGUAUAGUCAGGAACAUCAUUUUACAGACAGACAUAUCUCAGUGACUCGAAUAUUUUACUUUAUUUUAUACUUAUCCAUUGCCAGACUUUGUUUGCUGUAAGUUGACUAAUAUAGCCCCUUAAAUGGGUGGGUGGGAUAGAUACAUUUUUGUAUAAUAGAUUUAAAGUUGGACCAAGCCCAAUACAUCUGAAAAAAACCACAUCCAAACUGGAGAAAUAGCUUUUGCAUGAUGUAAGAAUAGAUAAAUUUAAAAAAUCGCUGGUUAUAUAAAUCCCUCAUAUCAAUUGUUUGGCAAUAUUUUUAACUAUGAUUUUGUUAUAUGUAUAGAUUAUUUGAAUAUUUAGAAUUCGUUGCAUAUAAACAACAUGCUGUAGAAAUCUGACAACGCAAUAUAUUUUUUGUAACCUGGCCAUAUUUUUGUGAUUAUGUAAUUUGUAUAUGUAUUGAGAGA